AAAAAAAAGGAAAAAGAGGGAUUUUUAAGGGAUUGUCAACGAGUUUUUAAUUUACUUUGAUUUAUGCGAGAGAGAGAGAGUAUAAAUAGCGACACACUGGGGCGAAUAUAUGACCAAAAGAGCUUAGUAAUAUAUUUGAUUUUUUUUGCCUUUCUUAGAGAGAAGCGUAAAAAUAUUUUGUUUGGUGACAAAGAAAGAGAGAGAAAGAGAAAGAAAUGGGAAGAGGGAGAGUGGAGCUGAAGAGGAUUGAGAACAAGAUCAACAGGCAAGUGACUUUUGCAAAGAGAAGGAACGGGCUUUUGAAGAAAGCCUACGAGCUUUCCGUUCUUUGCGAUGCCGAGGUCGCUCUUAUCAUCUUCUCCAAUAGAGGAAAGCUGUACGAGUUUUGCAGUAGUUCAAGCAUGCUCAAAACACUUGAGAGGUACCAGAAAUGCAACUAUGGAGCCCCAGAGACUAAUGUGUCCGCAAGGGAGGCGUUGGAACUGAGUAGCCAGCAGGAAUAUCUGAAGCUUAAAGCACGUUAUGAGGCUCUAUACCGGAACCAAAGAAAUCUUCUGGGGGAAGACCUUGGACCUUUAAACAGCAAAGAGCUCGAGUCACUUGAAAGGCAACUGGAUAUGUCACUGAAGCAGAUUAGAUCAACACGGACCCAAUUCAUGCUGGAUCAGCUCUCUGAUCUCCAACGCAAGGAACACUUGCUGAACGAAGCAAAUAAGACCUUGAAACAAAGGUUGGUAGAAGGAUACCAGGUAAAUGCACUCCAACUGAAUCCCUGUGGAGGUGAGGACGUUGGGUAUGGCCGGCAAUCUGCUCAGCCUCAGGCAGAUCAUGGGUUCUUUCAUCCCUUAGAGUGUGAACCCACUUUACAAAUUGGAUAUCAGCCUGAUCCAAUAACAGUUGUGACAGCAGGCCCAAGCGUGAAUAAUAAUUACAUGCCAGGAUGGUUACCAUGAAAUCUUCAAGGAACUAUGUGGUCAGCCAUGGUACGCAAUAUUAUAAUUGUUGUUGUUAUUAUUAUUAUUAUUAAUAUGUUUUCCUUAUAAGAAUCAGCAAAAUUUCAAUUUUUAAGUUAUUUGACAAUUAAAAAAAUCCUAAAACAUUUGUAAUGAUGGCUGGGAUUUUAUGUUAUAUAAAACCCUUCCUCUGCACCUUAUGGGCACUUGUAAGCAUUGUUCGUUUGUGCAUGCUUAAAACACUGUGCUCUCUUUCUUUCUUUAA